GCUGGCCGCGCGCUCCGCGUACCGGCCUCUCCUGCUGGGGACGCCGGCUAUUUAAGGCUCACGCCGGCGCCCCGAAGACAUGGUUUUUGGACCGUGUCUGCCCAACCCGAGUGUUAUGGCCACCUACGUCAAGCUCAACACCGGCGCCAAGAUGCCCAUCCUGGGCCUGGGGACCUGGAAGUCCCCUCCAGGCAAAGUAACAGAGGCUGUGAAGACAGCCAUCGAUGUCGGGUACCGCCACAUUGACUGUGCCCACGUGUACCAGAAUGAGAACGAGGUGGGGCUGGCCAUCCAGGAGAAGAUCAAGGCGAAGGUGGUGAAGCGAGAGGACCUUUUCAUCGUCAGCAAGCUGUGGUGCACCUACCAUGAGAAGAGCCUGGUGAAGGGUGCCUGCCAGAAGACUCUGAGUGACCUGAAGCUGGACUACCUGGACCUCUACCUUAUUCACUGGCCAACAGGCUUUAAGGCUGGGAAGGAACUUACCCCAUUGGAUGGAGAAGGCAAGGUGAUUCCCAGUGAUACCGAUUUUGUGGACACAUGGACGGCAAUGGAAGAGCUGGUGGAUGAAGGGCUGGUGAAGGCUAUUGGCAUCUCCAACUUUAACCAUCUCCAAAUCGAGAGGAUCUUGAAGAAACCCGGCUUAAAGUACAUACCUGCGGUGAACCAAAUCGAGUGCCACCCAUACCUCACUCAGGAGAAGCUCAUCCAGUACUGCCAGUCCAAAGGCAUUGCGAUAACGGCCUACAGCCCCUUAGGCUCUCCUGACAGGCCCUGGGCCAAGCCUGAGGACCCUUCCAUACUGGAGGAUCCCAGAAUCAAAGAAAUUGCAGCCAAACACAAUAAAACCACAGCCCAGGUUCUGAUCCGGUUCCCCAUACAGAGGAAUUUGGUCGUGAUCCCCAAGUCGGUGACACCUGAACGUAUUGCUGAGAACUUCCAGGUCUUUGACUUUGAACUGAGCAGUGAGGAGAUGACUACUUUGCUCAGCUACAACCGAAACUGGCGCGUCUGUGCCCUGGUGAGUGCUGCCUCCCACAAAAGCUACCCCUUCACCAUUGAGUUCUGAAGCUGUGGGUGCCUGCUCUCCCUGGAGCCUGCUGGCUUCCCUGCCUCGUUCUUCCCAGGGGUGGCCCACUCCAGCCCGCACCCCUCCACAAGGGGUACACACACCUAGACACCAGCCAGCAGCUCGGGACUGGCACCAGCGACCUGUAUCAGAGAGUUAGAUUUCUUCCUCCAGUUUUCUUCAUUUUUCUCCUCACCCAGCUGUAUGAAAAGUACAAUCUUAGAUACCCUUUCCUAAGUGGAGUCUACCAUGUCAAAAUAAUGCCAGUAAUCCUUGGAGUUUUGUUGCUUAGAAUUGUAAUUUUUCUCAAGCCUCAAAUAAACAAGUGCUUUUGCAAGUCUGA